AUGAACAACUUUAAAAUACUACAAAUCAUAUGUGAUCCUUACUUGUACCACAUGUACUAUAUAGAAACACAGAGACUGUUCACAUUUGAAGAACUGAUCCAAGAUCCAGACACUGGAAGAAAAAUGGUAUGCAUCAAAUGUCCUUUAAUCGUCUUAGAUGGUAGCGUUCCUCUCUUGUGGGGAACUGCUGCUGAAUGCCAUCUCGUUCUUUCCGAUGAUGUUGAAACCAUGAAGAAAGGUUGUGGUAAAUCUUUUGCGCCAUUCCCUGAAGGGUGUUUCUUUACCUCCUCUAGAGGCUUGAGGAGCUAUGAGUAUCCACUGAACGAGCUAAAGCCUGUACUGAGGGUGGACAGUUCAGUCAUGUGUGAAGUGUGA